AUGACCGCCAUUAAUAUUCCGAUUAUCGGCCAAUUAACUCCUACGCUGACGGGAAUACUCGACAGCACCACUGGCAUCGAUUGGACAUGUGAAGCAGCCACCACGGACCUCACAAGUUAUUUGCGGUCCACCCGACAAGGAUAUCUGUUGGCAAAAAGGAAGAUCAACGGGUACAUCGAUCAUAUACAAUUCUACGCCAACGAAUGGAGCAGAGCGUUGAAAGUACGAGGAACGACCGACGAGGAAAUGCAACGAUAUACCCAAGCAAUCAUCGAACCCACAGUCGACAAUGCAUCAAUUGCGAAGGUGCACAAGCUAACUUAUUUAAUAAGUAGCUUACAAGGUGAAGCUGCCCGUGCAGUGGCUGGCUUCGCCAUACAAGAAUCGAACUAUAACGCAAUAAAAGAUGCGUUGUUCGAACGAAACGCUCAUCUAGGGCAAAUUGCCUCAAUGGGCGUUAUUGGAGAUUUACAACGACAAGCAGCACGCAGACGAUUGGAACGUCGACCAACUGUGUGCGAAACUACAACUGAUGGUGAAAGUGCGGGAAAAUAUGAAAUGGUCACAUCCGGUCGAGCGACAAAAAUCGACUGGUCGAGACAAGGACGUGGAAUCCAGCUCCGCAUUCACGAUGACUCAGCAACAACAACGAGGACCAGCGAAGACGAUUUCGCUACGAAUCAAACACUACUGCCGACGACGUAUGCCGACGUCAUCAACCCAUACAAUCCUGACCAAAGAUACAAGGCAGUUGUGCUAUUCGACUGCGGUAGUGACAGCACAUAUGUCACUAAAGAACUGGUACAGCAGCUCAACCUGCCAAUUAUCGGCAACAAACAGUUACGAUUAGCGGAUUUGGAGAAACUACAACCCAACUCGCGUAAACCGAUAUCGUCGAAAUUCAAGUGGCUCGAAACGACGGGCCGACUACAGUUCGUGCGUUAG